UCUGUGUGACUGCAACAAUGUUCCCGGCGACCAUCUUCUUCUUCUCUGCCCUGCUCCCGUUCUCGCUUUCCCAUCCACGGGACCCCUUCGCUUGGCUGUAUGGCCGCCAAGGAGAUGCUUUCGCCUCCCUGCAGGGUGCCUCAGGAGGCCAGUGUCCUGAAGAGUGUGACUGUCCCCCCACCUUCCCAGUGGCCAUGUACUGUGAUGGGCGGGGCCUGACAGCCAUGCCAAAUGUUCCUGCCCAUAUCAAGUACUUGUACCUCCAGCACAAUGCCAUCACUUCUGUGCCUGAGUCGGCUCUGGUCAAUGCAACCAGUCUGGUGUGGUUAAUGAUGCACUACAACCAGCUGACAUCUGAAGCCAUUGACAAGAAGGUGUUUCUGAAGUUGGAGGGACUGGAGCGUUUCUAUCUACAGCACAAUAAUCUAACCAGCAUUCCUUCCAACCUCCCCCGCUCCCUGCGAGAUCUGAGAAUCAAUCAUAACAAGAUUGAAAAGGUAUCACCUGCAGACCUAGAGGGAAUGGAUAACCUCACUAUCCUGUAUCUCCAUGAUAAUGCGCUCACAGACAUGAGCACAUCACUGAAGGCUCUGACCUCUCUCACACUGCUGGACAUCAGUGGCAACAAGCUGACAAAGGUCCCGGGCGCCCUCCCUGACCAUCUGCACCAACUCUAUCUGGAGUCUAACUCCAUCGACUCAGUGCCAGAGGACUUCCUGGGUGGUCUGACACAUCUGCAAUAUGUCAGGAUGGGCCACAACCAGCUGACGGACAAGGGCAUCCCACCCAACACCUUUAACGUGACAGGGCUGGUGGAGCUGGACCUGAGCUUCAACAAGCUGGAGAGAAUCCCCAUAGUCAGCACCACACUGCAGCACCUCUACCUGCAGGCAAACCAAAUCAAAGAGUUCACUCUGGGGAGUUUCUGCAGCUUCAUGGAUGUGACAAAUUUCUCCAAACUGCGGACGGUGCGAUUGGAUGGAAACGAGAUCGGACGUCAGGACAUCCCCUCAGAGUCAUCCAUGUGCCUGCGGAUGGCUUCCGACAUCGAGGUCUAACUUUGUGAACAACACAGCUUGUGUGCAACAUAAUGUGCAACACAUUCUUUUUGUGAGAUGAGCAAAAAGCUAAGCGCAGCGGGAUGAUGUGAUUUGACACCAGCAUGAGAGGGAAGGAGCUCAUAUCUUCUAUACAAAAUCCUAUGAAAAAAGACUGUUUGGGUAAACUUAAUUUCAGACAAGCUUAAAAAUGGCCUGGUCCCCUUUCAAAAAAUAUAAAUCUAAAUUUGACUUACAUGCUUCAAUUACGUCAAUAAAUAUCAGAGUCUCAUUAUUUUCAAUGAGCAACAAAAUGAGACCUUGAUUUUAUAAUCCAUAAGUUGCUGUGAGGAUCAAUGAUCUUUCUAUGUUAUGGUAUAUAUAGUGUUUAUAUCUCUCUUUCUCUGUGUCUUGAUUUGUGUUUUUCAUUGCUUUUCUCUUAUGAUAAAAGUGUGUAUCACGUAUGAUAUGUUCAUAAGCUGUCGCUGAAUCCUAUUACACAAUACUGUCCGCAACAUGACAUGACCUUGUUUGAAUGGUAUGCAUUAUAUCAAAUAUUAAUUUCAUUUGUUUAACACGUGCUGUGACUCCUUGUAGAGGACCCUGCUUUUGCACAGUGAAAUCAGCUUUCCUUAGAAGAUUAGAAUCCAUGUACAAUUUGAAAAUAUCUCCAUACAGUACUGUAGUGACUCACAUACAUAGGGUGCUAUGAUUAUGGAGUUAAUGUAUGUAUUGCAUGGUUGAUAACCAUAUUUAUGUUUACAAGUCUGUCUUAGAAUAA